GUUCUACGACGCUGUGGUAUGAGAAAGGUCCUAUUCGAUAAUAAGACUACAUCAGAAACAAAGAAGGAAAUACAAAAAACUGAAUUAAUGAGGCAAAUGGAUAGUAUAAUUGCUAAAAAUGGAGGAAGGCCUUAUUCCAACGAGCAGCUACGUCAAGCUCAGGAAAAUCUAGAGAAAAUGCUUUGUCGACAGACGUGCCAUGCUGGGUCAGGAAGGACUCUUCAUGAAGAUGAACUGGAAAGGAUUAAUUCAGAGCACAUAAAACAAUUAAAUGCUACGGUUGACGAGAAGAUGCAAUCUAUAAUAAAAUCAUAUGGCGACAAGUUGGCUUAUGAGAAGGCUGCACGGAAAGAAGCUGUGAAAAUAGCAGAAGACGCACUAAAAUUAUCAAAGCAGAUAGAAAAAUGUCCAAAGAUGUGUGAAAAUUGUCCAAAGAUGUGUGAGGAUUGUCCUCUACAGGGGUUUUGCUAUAAUGCAUGGAAAACUCUCUCUGACGCGGGUUGUCAAAUUCUGUGAGUGAAACUAAAGACAAUAUAGCUUGUGUCAAAAAUAAACAUUAUCCUAAAUAUACCAUGUGUGAAACUAAAGAUAAUAAUGUUUACUUAUAAACAUUAUAUUUAAAAAUAUCCAGUAAUAGUUA